GAGGAGUGGGGUGCGCUGUUCCCCGUGGCCACGCCCCCUUCCUCACCUUGGGGGGGCCUUUGUGGGGGGCAUAGAAGGGGUGCCCCCCUCUGCCCCCCGAUACCUUUUUCCCAUUGCUUCUCCUCAGGAGCCCCUGAAUUUAUAGGGGUGACGUGGAGGGGGGAGCGUCCCCUCAUGUAAUGUGCCCCCCCCCCACCCACAAACCUACAUACACAGAUAAGCACCCAAAGGGGCCAGCCCUCCUCACAUCCUUAGGUGCUUCUGGCUGGCCCCUAUGUUUCCUAUAGUUCUCUCCCCCCCCCUCCAUUGGGGUCAAAAGCAGAAACUGACCUCCCCCCUUUUUUCUGGCACUUCUGCAAAAAAACCAGCAACAGCCACCCCCCCACCCACCCACGUAGGGGUGACCCCUGUGCUUCUCCUCCUGUCCUCAGGAGCCCCUAGACUGAAAUGAGGAAGUUUCUGCUUCCCCUCAUGUAAUUUGUCCCAUUCCCCCCAAUGCCCGGAUAACCACCCUAAGGUGCCAGCCUGCCUCGUGUUCUGUGUAACUCUGAGACCCAUGUAGUCCCGUCCCCCAUCUUGUGGGGUCAAAAGGAGGAAGAUGCCCCCCUUUUUUGGUACUUCUCCCAAGAAAAGAACAACCCCACAUUGAAAUGCACCUAUAUUCGUCUCCCCGUCUGCUCUUUUUCGGGGUGGGUGGGUGGGUUUAUAGGGCGGGCACCAUGCUAGAGUGCCCCCAUAUCUGUCCGAAGUGUCCCAGCAGAAGUACCAACAGUCCUGUGCUUGUCUCUCUCCCCUCCCCCUCCCAAACUACUGCUCCCACCUAAGUUGACAAGCUUCUUUCUUGCAGUGUUUCUGGGCAUUGAGGAUGCCAAGGGAAUGUGAAGUGGGGGUGGGUGAGGUGGGGUGGGCUUGCUGAAAAGUGAACUGGUGCAAAAAGGAAGGGUGCUGUUUGAGAAAGGUUCUCUGUUCUAUAUAUGUUAUGGGGAAGCUUAGACACACACACACACACACACACACACACACACACACACACACAAUAUAUAUGCAUGCCUUGACGUCUGCAUGCCUUGCAGGAUCCUUUUCUGGUUGCAUUGGGUGAUGCGGUGGGGAGAUAAAGAUGUUUUUCCUGCUUUGCUGUCAAGAUUUCUUUAGGGAGGAAUGUCAUAGAUGGGUUGGAAGAGUUGGUGAUAAAAGACGCAAAAGAGUUCUGUCGUGCUCUGAGCUGUACUUACUAAAGGUAAAGGAAGGCAGCUCUAAUUCCUUUGAUUAUCUUUUUGGAGGACCCUGUCUUGAUGAUUGCUGUUUGACACUUUAGUUGUCCUUUAGGGGCAACUGGGUGUUUGGGGAAAAGGAGCACAACCAGCAGCUGGCAGAGCUUUCCCUUUCUCCGUAGAAUUGAGGAAGUGGGGCAGGGGAUAUCCGGAGUGUUUCCCUCAAACUUCCCAGCAGAAUAGUUUCUAUAAAAGACGGAUAUCAAGUGACAGUUUUGUGUAACACUCUUCACUUCCCUGUUUAUCUGCUUUCCUUAGCUAGGCUUGUCACUUCUUUAAGAUUGUUGAUGGAUGAUGUUGUACGGACACUCUCUCUCUCUGUGUGUGUGUGUGUAUGCGCCCAUGAUGUCUGUUAGGGAGGGACGGACUAAAACAGCAGAUUUGUUUCUUCAUGGGCAUUGCAAGCAAUGUUGGAUUGAAGGAAAGGGAGUUUGUGCGAGGAAGCAAGAAUGAGACAAGAGAAGUCUUGGAGCCGUAGCGUAUAGCAAACAGGAGGUUUCUCAUGAGCUGGAAACUUGGGUUCUGCUUUCUGAAACUUUAUGCUGACUGUACACUUCUUAGGGAGAAUCUGAGUGACUGCUGAUGCAGCAUUGCUGAUCAGGAUUUUUUUGAAAUAAAAAUUGUGGUUCAUUGAAAUUACUUCAUUUUGAUGUGCUGUAUCCAGGCCUGCGGUGAUUGACAGUUGUGCAUCUAAAGAUGUGGAUGUUGCCUGUUCACUAUGUGAGCAGUUGCUGCUUUGUAUCAGGAAACCACUCUAUUUAUGUUGUGUGUGUUUUUUACCGGGCUAAAUGAAGAAAUCACAUGUAUACCUAAGUAGAUGAUUGUUUGAAAUAAGUGCGAAACCUCUAGAAUGAGAACAGAUGUGAAUUGCUGUAGUCAUAGGAUGACUUCUCUGCAAUCAGCCGAUAGCUCAUCACAGCACAGUCUUACCUGAACCUGCCAGACUUGUCAGCAUGCUUACUCAAUGCUAUCCCACCCUGUCUCGUUUUGCAGAACAGCAGUAAAGAAUGCUGGUGAUGGCAAACCUCAACAGAGUAAUGAAAAGCGAACUUCUUAGCAUUUUGACAUCAGGGUAGAGAAUUCUUCCUCCUAGCUGCUUUCCUCAGGAGGCUUAUCCAGUUUGUUGAUUUGAAUAAAAAAUGGACACAAUUAGUUCAAUUAGCUGCUAUGUAAAAUCUCUGUUUUCUGGCCUGAUUUUUCCCGCUCUCAACCCCACAAUUCCCGAGGACUAGAAUUAUGUUUGUAAGAAGUUGUGGGGAGGCUGAGAGAUGGCACUGCUUUCUCUUUUCCCUUCCAGAACAGUUUGGACUGAACACAGCGAAGUUGAGUUUGCUUGCUCUAAUAACAUGUCACAUGAGGGAGGGCAUAACCUCAGAAGGGGUAUUGAAAGCAAAAAGUGGAGAUUCCAUUGGCCUUUUAACAAACUGGGUUAAAAAUUAAGCUCCGUCUGUGGUGUGUUAAUGGGCUCCUCGAAAAUAUGUCACCAAUUUCAUAGCUGCCUUCCACAUCUUGAAGUGUGGGCAAGAGGCAGUAACUCAGCAGAUCAUUCCAGAUCUUAUGACCUUAGUGGGUUUGUGGAGGUCACUAGCCUAAAUAUGUUUGCGUUCUCUAAAGCAAGUGGGAUAAGCAUCUUUUCUCAAAACCUUGAGGUUUUAUUCACAUUGGCCUUUUUUUUGCACUUUUUCACUCACGAGAUCUGGAAAAAGUACACAGUCUCUUGCAGUACGAUACACAGCUCUUCAUAUAUGUCAUGUUGUUAGUCCCUUUCAAAUCUGAGGAGAUGGUUAACUUGCUGAGAGUAAAGAUAGUGUUGCUGUGAGACAUAUUCUCAGUGGUAGUGCCUGUUGGGAUACUUGUACAUGCAUCACGAAUAUGAGGAAGUAGUUAUGUAAUAGAGUUUUCCAUCCUAUCCCACCUGCAGCCUUCCAAGCAGCCCUGAGAUUGGGAUUUCCCUCAUACUGAACAUUAUGGAGAAUGUGCUGUUCCUUUAUCUUCUGUGUUGGACAUAAUUGAGUUGGGAGCAGGUUGCAUCAGUUACAGUUGGGUUGUGUGGGAAAUGGGAGUUUGGGUACAGUCUAGAUUGGGGUAGGGAACCUGUUUUGUCUACGUGGGCCAGACCGUUAUCAGGAUCAUACCCGGCAGGUAUGUAAGGCUGCCAAUGUGUGACUCGCAAGGCAUCAAUGACAUCUUGUGCUGCAGUACUUUGAACUCCCAGAGUUGGGACUUAAAAGCACCUUGUGGGCUGUUAAAAGGGAGGGGUUGUUCCUUCAUUUUAGCAGAGAGUUGCAUAGAAUCCCCUGCUAAAACAGUGGUUAAAAAAAGAAAAAACCCUCCAUUUUAGCUGACUUUGAUGCACUUCUCUUUCUGAAUCCGGAAGGAUGCUGUUUGGGAUAUUCUGCUAAAAAUGGGAGGGUCCUGCUAUUUUGGCAGGAGAUCAAAUGCAGGCUUUCAUGGAAAACUGCCUAAAAGAUGUAGAGGAAGCCCGUUUCCUUGAAACAGGGAGGUGUUUGCAUGGAAACCGGCCAAACUGAGCAGGAUUGGCCCCUGCUCCUCAGCUGAUAAGUGGGGAUGCAUUCCUGCUCAGUUUGGAUGUGCACUUCUGGGAACACGUACCCAGCCAAUGCAGGAUUUAACAAUUAUCUAGCGCCUAUUAGGUGACAUCAUGAGUGAUGUCAGCCGAUGGGUGCAUGGGCAUAGUUUUGGGGAAACAGCCUGGUGGUUCAAGUUGGACUCCGGGUGGGACAGGAGUGGCCUGGGGGCUGGAGGUUCCUCACUUCCGGCUUAGAUUAUAUACAUGCGUAAGUGAAACCUUUUGAAAGUGUUAUCCAUGCGUACAGUGUUUCUAGAACAGUGUGUGGUAUGAGGAGGAAAGUUCAGCUUUCAGGUUGUUCUCAGGUGACAUCUACAUACAUCACCAUAUUAAAACAACAGUUGUACUAGAGUAAAAUACCUGUUCAUUUCUUAAGAAUAAAUACUGCCGUGCAAUUGUGGGGAAGGGAGGGCAAAUGGAGAAGAAUCUGCACAGUCUCUCUCAUCUACUGUUUCUUGUAUUGGUUUCCAGGAGGUGAAUGAAGCAGUGGCUGGGACUCUGCCUUAGCAACCAUCUCCUCUCCGGGAAAGAGAAUUCUUUCUCCCUCUCUCCCUGCCCCUCAGGCGUGGCCACUUCACUGCACGAAGUAUGUUUGCACAUGUUUCACAGUAAAAUACCCCGAGAGCACUUCAAAGUUCUUCACAGAGCUGGAAUUUCAGCUGCUCUGGGGAAUCCUUUAUUGUGGCACUUCCAUGAGCAAAUUCCAAAUACUGGCAUUUCUCAGAGUUAAUGCUUGUGUGAAUGAAUCCUAAAAUCAGCUUCUUUCAAACCAGAGUUGUAUGGGGAACAGCCCAGAGGUUAAAUCAAUGUGCUAAUUACUUGUUGGGGGUUGAAACUAUGGCUCUAGCUUAUGGUGGGGUGGACACACACACACACACACACACACACACACACACACAUACAUAUAUAUAGAGAGAGCGCUUUAUUUUUCCUGUCAAAGCUUUUCCGUUUCAUAAGUUCAUUCAUAACAAUGAAUGGGUUGCAACUGCAACUGCAGUAUUAGAAAAACUUGGCAGUUUCUGUUUAAUAAAUGCAAGUGAAAUAAACAUGCUCAUUUCUGGGGGGAAAAAUUGUGGAACACCAACAUCACAGAGAGAAUCUGAAGAAAACUUAGGGAAGGUGGUCAGUGGGACAGAUGGCAAUACUGUAGAAGGGAAAACGGCAAACAGUUUUUUUCCAAGCUGAAAAGGAGAAAGAUGGGGAUGUCAGAGUGCUUAAGUCGUAGAAAUUUGCCACUUUCUGCUGCAGUGUUCAAGCAGUUCCUCCAGUUGACAGUUACCAGGGAGUUGUUGCCAAGCGUCUUUUCUCAAUGCCUGCCUUCGAAAUCUACCCUGUCCUGGACGCAUCUCACAUUCCUGUCUCAAAAAUGCAACUCAAGCUUUCUUCAAGAGGCAGCAAUAUAUUAAAGCACAGUGAUGUGGAUAUUCGGGGGCGGGGCGGGACUGAUUUGAGAUUUUUUUUCCCAUUAGGAUAGCGUUCAUUGGGAAAAAAAUCGGUUGGCAUAAGAAAAUAUUCUCACAUGCUGGAGUGUGAUCUAAUUUAGCAUGAUCAGUUUGCUUGUAUUUAUUAGACAAAGCAAAAAAAGUAUUACAUUCCAAGCUUGCCUAGUAUUGUAUUUGCAAUUGGCAUCCAUUCAUUUUCUGCAAAUGAGCUCACAAAAACGGAAUUUCUGCACAGGAAAAUAAAGUACCAGAAUUUUUUCCGCCCCAAGCCUCUGGAUUUUGUAAACUCAAUUCUAUAUAAAUCAACGCUUGUAAACAAUUUAACAUUAGUGACAACAUUCCAAUCACCACCAGGUGUUUACUUUGGAGAAAGAAUACGUGAACUCUAGGAGGUAUUUCUACCUGACUUAAAGUCUAUCUUACUUCUUUUUAGGGAGAAUUGAAGAUGUGGGGGCAGUGCUUAAUGAGUUUUGGACCUUCUUGAAGUCCUGCAGUUUUCCAGUUCCCUGUCUCUAAGUUUAUACGAAUGCUAUCAAAGUUGAUAGGUACUUGUGGGUCAGAAAUUCUUUCUGUCCCGAUUUCUAUCUAUUCCCCCCCCCCUGCUUACCCCUACUUGCUGCCUGAAACCUUGUGUAAUAUUUAUCUUAGUGCUAGAAUGUUUCUGGAAUACUUGAGGUAAAUUGGAUGAGGCAUUUGGGAGAUAAGAGGGUUCAACAAAAGGGGUGACUUCACUUCUUGAAUAUUCUUCAAGUCUGUGUGAGUUCCCUAACCACUUGGCUCGCAACUUUUCUAAUCUCUUGCUUUUAGUGGGAGUUAAUAAAUUGGGCCAGCUCUCAUGUGGAAGUUGGCAAGUCUUAGUGUUAGGUACAUAUUUAAUUGCAGCCUUUAUCUCUCAAAUGCUAGGAUAAAUUGCAGGGGCAAUGCCAUAUUUCCAUAGAUGUGGGAGGAGAGGCAUGGGUUGUGCAACUUUGCAAUAAUUUAUUCUGGGUUGCUUAGCCGCAACCUGUAUUGUUUGCUGUUGUUCCUCUCUUUGUUGUGUUACCAUUCCCGCCAGUUACACUUUUGCUGGUUUUUUUUUUUUUUUUGAGGGAUUGUUCAAAGUGUUCUCUAGGGCUGAGGGCCAUAGUUGCAUGCUAGCACUUCAUAGUACUGCCUUGUUUAACACAAAACAGCAUUUGUGAUGUGCUCAUUCUCCCAUCUAGUUGGUCAAUAGCUCUUGACAGAUGGGAGAGCGAGAACUACUUGUACAGCCUCUAAAGUGCAGCACUCUGGGUACAAAAUGCAGGACUGUCUUCCUCCCUAUAGUUAGUGUUAGAUCUUAAAGCUUGAAGGAGAAUGAGCAAGUGUUGCAUGUGAUCAUCUUAGCACAACCUGCUCGUGAUCUACACGUGUCUUUAUCCUUGAGUGAGGCUCCUGCUUGUCUCCGGAGAUCAGUGGAAUUUUAAAAAUGCCAAUACUUAUGCCUUUGUUUUGUACAACAGGGCACUCGAAGUCUUAUCUGCCAUAACUCAAAUACUGCAUGCAGGUAGGAUGAUGCACGUGGUUAAAAAGUGGUUUAUGCAGAAGUUGCACUGUGUGAAGUGCUAUAGAAAGCCUUGCUCAUCAUAAUCGUAUGAGGUUUAUUUUUCAGAUUUUGCAGAUGACAAAAUAAGACCGUGUAGCCCAAAAUUGCUUUGAGAGUUCAUAACAGCUGAGGUGGAAUUUGGCCUUUUAGAUCAUGGGUGAGUGGUGUAGCUUCACAUCACUAGCUUUGUGAAACCAUGAUAUAUUUGUAAAUGGUUUUCAUCUCGGGGCCUAGUUGCUGCAAAAUUUGGACAUUGCGGUAAGGACAGAGGUGGUGUGAAGGAAGGAAUGGGUUGUGUUAUAGGUGAUGGAGCUCAUACAAAUUAAAAGCCAUAUAAUUCAAAGCUAAUUAUACAGCAAAUGUCUCUUUGGCUUUUCUCUGUUUUCUAAGCAAUUACUUCUGCAUCUUCAAGCUUUCUCCUUGACCGUGAAGGCUAAACCACCUUAGAAUUUUCAAGAUUGUAUGUUCCUGCCAGAUUUUUCAUCCUGUGCUGGCACGUGGCACAAUUCACAAUCGACUAAGCUGAUUCCCUUUUGGAGAAGCACAAGUUUGGCCUUAAUUUUGCACACGAGCAUAACUGGAAAACCUCCAAGACAUGACUUAAUAUCUUAUCAAUACUGCAUAGAAAUUUAUUUACUUGGGACAUGGAGCUCUGGAACGAAAGCAAAAAAGAUACAGGGCUCUGUCCCAAGGAGCUUCCAGUCUGAUGUUUUGAUAGGAGUGGAGAUGAUAAAAGGAGGACCGGAGAGGGCUGUGCAAGGGCUUCAUGGAAUAAAUAAUUUUUGAGGGAGACAUUUGAAGAAAGAGUGAAGUAGUGCCAAGAAUUCCUUGUAAUUUUACAACAUUCAUUAGAUAGGGCCUUGUUCUUUGCAAUCUGUGUGCCCAUAUUGCAGCAGAAUCUGUGGUUAAUCUUGUUCCUAAGUAAUGGUAAUUGAGUUUACACUGAAGUGAAAGUUAGAAAGAUUAAAGGAAAACAAAAUAUUAAUGAUCAGUGACAUAGACAGCAUUUCUGUUCCAUGUCCGAAAUUUCCUCAGAGGCGUUUUGUUUUGAAUCUCACAGAGUAAGGCAGCUUGGAAACUUCAUUGUGUUUUUAAAGAACGGAAGCUGAAUGAAAGAUGCAAGAAGGGAAGGAGUGGUUGCGUCGACAGGUUUUGUUUUUUUAAAGGGUGAUAUUCAACGAAAUACACUGAGUGAACCCACCGAAAUUAAAGUUUAUGACUAAGUAUUUGAGUCCUGAUUAGCUUAUGAGGAAAUUCCUCAGAACACUACCUGAAGACGACUAAAGUAGAGAAUAAGCGAAACCAGCACUGAGGGAUAAGAACACAAAAUAAAACAUGCCAAAAUACAAUUUAGAGUUAAGCUGAAAUGCGUCUUUCCCUUUCAAAACUGUUUGUAGUUUACAAAUGGCCUUUCUUUCUUUUAGUUUUUCCACAGAAUCACAGAAUUGUGUAGACCAUGAGGAUCAACUAGUUCAACCCCCUGCAACGCAGGAGCCUUUUUGUCCAAUGUGGGGCUUGAACCCAUGAUCCCCCAGGCUAAGAGUCUCUUGCUGUACAGACCAAGCUAUCCAUCGAGACCUUCCCCUUUAUCUGCUACUACUUUGGCAUCUUCUCGGCCGCUUUGCUUACAAGUUUUCCUUGUUGGAUUCGUGUGGCAUCGCCACAGAAUUGCAGGGUAGAAUUUUGCUAUCCUGCUCCAUGUGACCUUUUGAGUAGGCUGGUGGUUCGCUUUGGUGGUGUCAUGUAUCAUGUUGUGGUACAGCAUUUGGUGCAUAAUAUUACAGAAGCCAUUGUUGGCAUGACAGCAAACUCGGUGGCAGAAGGGAAAUUUAGAAGCCAUGGGAAAAAAUAGUUGGCACCCGCUACCUCCGCCGGUCUUUUUUUUACACUAGAUUGUAUAUAUAUAUAGAUUGACCUGCUACACCUUCAAUAUACGAGGCCCAGCAUUGAGCCUCAAAGUGUCUCAGACCUAGACUGUUCUACUAGCCACCUUGUGUUUAGGAUUAAAAGGCAAACACACAUCUAUUCUGCAAGCCGGAACUUCACUAUUGCUUAGCAUAUGAAUACGUAGGAGAAGAAAUGCAAAUGCUAAACAUGCAAAUGUUAGCUACUUACAUACCUCACAGUUAAAUAUUAAUAAUAAAUGUAGCUGUUUCUUAAGCUGUGUAACAUAAUAUGCACAAAUUGAAUUAUACACAGACUAGCUUUCUUUCUCUCUCCCAUCCCCCUUUGUCAACAGAUCAGCUGUCUGAAAAGAAAGUGAGAAGGUUGUACAGGGAGUAAAGGCUGCAACAGACCACAGACAAACACAUGUGAGGAGCUCACUAGACUCAAGGAUCUGAACUUGUGCUACUGGGCUGUGUGCAUUGCUGUCUUUGCACGUUGUUUACAUUCAGGAAAGCUAUUUUUGGUUUCUCCAAAACAAUGCUGUUCGACCUUCCUGUUUUUAAAAAGCAGAAUAAUUAACUUCAUUAACCUCAAAAUCAAAACCUUUCUACAUUUUAAAGCAGAUUUUUAAAAAGCAAAGCAAACCCAUUAUUUAUUUGUGUUUGCAAACGAGUCUCCCUGGAAUUCCUUUUAAGGUCAUCUCUGUGAGUGUCCUUUAUUAAACCUCUUAAAAUAUUUAUUUCCCUCUCUAUGUUAUAAGAUGAUAAUGUUGCUUGUAUAAUGACUGGCAAGGAUGUUUUCCUUUCAGUUGUUUCUAUACAAAGUAAAACAGAUUUCACACGUUUUAAGAAGGCCAUAAAUUCAAGGAUACUUUAUGUUUGUAUUAAGUUCAGAUUUAGUUUACAGUUCCUUUAAAACAACAACAGAAACAUUGGCCAUGCUUUGAAUUGUGCCCAGAUACGCACAGGAAGGUAUUAAAACAAAUUUAAGACUGAUUCGGUCCUCGGGGGGGGGGGGGGGUUGUAAUCCAAAACUUUGUAAUCCAGGUUGGUGAACGGCUACUCUAGAGUAACACGGUACCUAGAUUUUAAAAAGGGCAAGACCAGAUUUUAAACAGGAGAGCUUGAUACAGCUGUCUGCAAGGAAGCCUACUCAUCAGCGGGUUCUUUGCUUGCUUUUAUUGUCUAACAUUUAGAUAGUUGAUGGUUAGACUCUAGCAUUAAGAGUAAAAUAAAAUGGGAUGUUCUCCCAAGACACCCCCAUCCUAAGCAAGUUAUGAACCUGCCUGCCCAUUGAGAUAAUUGUCUGAGGCCCUCCUAUGUGUCCCAUUAUCCUGAGAAUUGUACCCAGCUGGGACCAUAGAGAGAGCUUUCCGCCGGUUGUUUCCAGUCCUGGAUUUUCUGCCUGAGGGAUGCUCAUCCCCUUUCCUCUCUAAUGGCUUCCCAUAGGAUGGUCAAAGCCUUCCUUUUCCAGAAAAGGACAUAAAUAAUUGUUCUCUUUUUGAAGUGGUUUUAAUUGCUGCAGUUAAAUCAUUUUUUUUAAUAGGAGGGUGCUUUCUAUUUUUAAAUUUUAGUGCUUUUAUGGCUGCUUUAUUGAAUUGUGAAAUUGUAACUGCGAUUACGUUAUUGUUUUAACUUAGCUGCUUUGGACUUGUUGAGGAAAGACUGAGUAUAAAAUGUUGCAGAAAUAAAUUACGUACAGUAUUUGCAAAUCAUGGAAUUGUAGAGUUGGAAGGGAUCCUGAGGACCAUUUAGUCCAAAAUAUCCUGCAAUGCAGAAAUGUGCAGCUGUCCCAUACAGGAACAUUAUCAGCAUUAUCAGCACAGCAGUCUAACCAACUGAGAUAUUAAUCUAGUCUUAUUAUUUUUAAAAAAUAUGUGAAACUACCUGGGGUUUGGCCUUAGGGACAUUUUCAACAGCUGGUAGGUGCGUAUUGCAUCUUUGGCGUGUGGCCUGACAGAAGCAAGACAGAUGAUGCAAUUUUACACUUUUUGACUUGCUGUUUCUUGAGAUGUGCACAAAUAUAUUUGCAUGGGUACUUUAAAGACAGACAACUGGCACUGAAGAAUGUAUUUCUGUUCUGUAGGUUGCAGACUACUGGAUGUUGGUUUGUGGCAAGUUGUAUUAGAAGACUCCAAGAUUCAAGAAAACAGCCCUAACAGUAUGUUGGAAACAGAUCCAUCUACAUGUGCAAGCUCUGUAACUUAUUUUCCCCGAACCAGUCACAACUGCUGUCUCAUGUCUCCGAGAAGCAUUCCGAAGAAGGGAUUAAGGUGGAUGACAUCGUUAUUCCUCUCAGACCUCUUGCGACGCCGGCAAAUCUAAAUAAAAAUGGAGAAGAGCUCCUCGUAGUGAAGAGGAAAAGAGGCAGGCCGAAAGGAUCGACCAAGAAAUUUUACGCUGAUGAAGAACUGGCAGAAAGCAGCAACUGCGCUCCAAGCGAGGGUGCUCCAGUGGGACCUGAGGAAGGAGGGGAGCUGGUGGAAAUUCCGCCAGGCAACCUGGAAUGCCGGAAGUGCAACCGGAAAUUCUCCAAUUCCCGGCAGCUACGGAAGCAUAUCUGCAUGAUUGUUAAACCUGAAGAUUUGGAGGAGGAAGAUGAUGGAGGUAAUGAUUCUGACGUUGACCUUGACAGGAGGGAAGACGAGCGAGAAAAAACGCCAAAGAGGCAACGGCUUCAGAGAACCGAGAAGAGCCUUUCAGCAAAGGACACAGACCAGCUCUCGGGAGCUAAGAAUCCUAUUAUAAGUGUAGUUCUGACAGCCCACGAAGCAAUUCCAGGAGCUACAAUGAUAGUUCCAGUCGAGGCUGCUGCUGCUCCUGAAAUGGAACAGCCCGCAAACCCAGAGACAGUACCACCAGACUCCUCUCAGCGAAGGGGCUACCAGGAAUACGCCAUUCAGCAAACCCCUUAUGAGCAACCGAUGAAAUCAAGCAGGUUGGGCGCAACCCAGCUGAAGAUCUUCACCUGCGAAUACUGCAACAAGGUGUUCAAGUUCAAGCACUCCCUCCAGGCCCACCUGAGGAUCCACACCAACGAGAAGCCUUACAAGUGCUCGUUCUGCAGCUACGCCAGCGCCAUCAAGGCCAACCUGAACGUCCACCUGCGGAAGCACACGGGGGAGAAGUUCGGCUGCGACUACUGCCCGUUCACCUGCCUGAGCAAAGGCCACCUCAAGGUGCACGUGGAGAGAGUCCACAAGAAGAUCAAGCAGCACUGCCGCUUCUGCAAGAAGAAGUACUCGGACGUCAAGAACCUGAUCAAGCAUAUCAAGGAAGCCCACGACUUGCAAGACAAGAAAGUGAAGGACGUCUUUGACGAACUCCGGCUGAUGACCCGCGAAGGGAAGAGGCAGCUGCUGUACGACUGCCACAUCUGCGAGCGCAAGUUCAAGAACGAGCUGGACCGCGACAGGCACAUGGUGGUCCACGGGGACGAGAGGCCCUUCGCCUGCGAGCUGUGCGGCCAUGGAGCCACCAAGUACCAAGCGCUCGAGCUUCACGUCCGAAAGCACCCUUUUGUGUACGUCUGCAGCGAAUGUUCGAAGAAGUUCGUCAGCUCCAUCAGGCUCCGCUCGCACAUCAAGGAAGUGCAUCGGGACUUGCAGGAGGCUUCCGUUUUUAACAGCUCCAUCAAUCAGAGCUUUUGCCUCCUGGAACCGGGAGGGGACAUUCAGCAAGAAGCCCUUGGGGAGGAGUUGUCGCAGACCGCGGCUGAGCUCUCGCUUUUAAACUCGAAGGAGCUGUGUAUACUGAAGAAGUCGGGCGAAUCGACUGCAGCGGAGGGAAGCCAGGAUGAGGACCCUGGUGGCAAUCUGGAAACUUUCCCUGCUCCUCCUGUAGAAUCUGAUAGCUCUCCAGUUGCAAGUGGAACAGAUCCACAGUGCCAGCCUGCGUCAGAAUUAGCCUCGCCAGAUGCAUGCCCAAUUAGCGCUUCAGGUGACUUUCUACAGAAAAGUGCUCCUUUGGCUUUAGAUGAAGCGAAGACCCUCCCUGGAAAGGACUUGUCUCCUGACCAUUCAUUAAAUUUGAAAGGUGAAGUAAUGCAGAUUUCUGGAGAUGGGAGCCCCAGUAUAAACCAGAACGAGCAAGUUCUGCAGUGUGCUCCUGUCCUUGAAGAAAAGGGUCAAACCCUCUGUCUAGAUGCUCAGGAAGAUGACAAGUCAGCUGCUGAAAAGGCAGACUCCCCCACGCCAAUGUCCCAUCCCGAAUCCAACACCGCGAUCAGCGAGAAUUCAGAUUCUUGCACAUUGCCUUCAGAGAAUCGGACCGGAGCUGCGGCCUUUAUGCAGAUUUUGGAUAGUUUGCAAAAACGGCAGAUGAACACCGCCUUGUGCGAGAAGAUCAGGAAAGUCUACGGAGACUGGGAGUGUGAAUACUGUGGCAAGUUGUUUUGGUACCGGGUGCAUUAUGACAUGCAUGUCCGCACUCACACGCGAGAGCACCUCUACUACUGCUCUCAGUGCAGCUACUCAUCCAUCACCAAAAACUGCCUUAAGCGACACGUCAUCCAGAAGCACAGUAACAUUCUGCUGAAAUGUCCCACGGAAGACUGUGAUUAUUCCACUCCAGAUAAAUACAAACUCCAGGCCCAUCUGAAAGUGCACACAGAGUUGUCCGGCCCCCUACAAGGUCUGAGACAGUGGAGCGGCCCCCUGCUGGAAAAGUUUGCUGACCCCUGCUCUAGAUUUAUAGGCCCUGGUCCAGAGAUGCUUUUAAAAGGCACUCUAGGGUUUUUUCAUUUCCUUUUGAAGGACAAAAAGAGUUAUUCCUGCCCUGUGUGUGAGAAAUCUUUUACCGAAGACCGACUUAUAAAAUCGCACAUAAAGACAAACCACCCAGAGGUUUCCAUGAACACCAUCUCCGAGAUUGUUGGCAGGAGAGUUCAGCUAAAAGGGCUGAUAGGAAAGCGAGCCGCGAAAUGCCCCUAUUGCAAUUUCUACUUCAUGAAGAAUGGAUCAGACCUUCAGCGUCACAUCUGGGCCCAUCAAGGCAUCAAGCCAUUCAAAUGCUCCCUGUGUGAAUAUGCCACUCGCAGCAAGAGCAACCUGAAGGCUCACAUGAACCGCCACAGCACUGAGAAGACCCACCUGUGCGAUAUGUGCGGGAAGAAGUUCAAAUCGAAAGGCACCCUGAAGAGCCACAAGCUCCUCCACACAGCCGAUGGGAAACAGUUCAAGUGCACAGUGUGCGAUUAUACUGCUGCACAAAAGCCACAGCUGCUGAGGCACAUGGAACAGCAUGCUUCGUUCAAGCCUUUCCGGUGUGCCCACUGCCAUUAUUCCUGCAACAUAUCUGGUUCUCUGAAGAGACAUUACAACAGGAAGCAUCCCGAUGAAGAGUAUGUUAAUGCUGGCUCUGGAGAGCUUGCCGCCGAAGCCCUUCUCCAGCAAGGUGGUAUUAAGUGUCCAGUUUGCAACUUCGUGUAUGGUACAAAGUGGGAAUUCAACAGACACCUCAAGAACAAACAUAGACUCAGAUUGGUCGAGUAUGAUGGGGAGACAAAGUGGGAGCCCAAAGGAGAAAUUCCUGAAGAAACACAGUAUCUCCAUAUCACGGAAGCCGAAGAUAUGCAAGGAACUCAGGCCGCAGUUGCUGCUCUACAGGACCUGCGAUAUACCUCGGAGAAUGGGGGGCGACUUGACCCCACGGCUGUGAACUUCCUGCAACAAAUCAUAGAGCUGGGCUCGGAGCCCCACGAUGCAGCUGCCGUCGCCUCUGUCGUUGCCAUGGCCCCAGGAACUGUUACUGUCGUGAAGCAGGUGACGGAAGAGGAGCAGUCAGCCAACCACACGGUGAUGAUUCAGGAAACGUUGCAGCAAGCUUCCGUCGAGCUGGGCGAGCAGCACCAUUUGGUGGUCUCCUCCGAUGAGGUGGAAGGGAUCGGGACGGUGACUGUCUACACCCAGGGGGGAGAGGCCUCUGAACUUAUUGUGUAUGUGCAAGACAUGCAGCCUGUGGAGGAGCAGGUGGAGGAGCAGGAGCAGCCUGGACAGAAAAUCUAGAUAAAACUCCCAAGGGAGAUCAGCCUUCUGGUACCGCCAAAUUGCUACAUGCUUUGUUUUCCAAUGUAUAUUUAAUGUUGGGCAAGAACAGAACCUCCCGCAGCUGCUACUCAAUCAUGUGUUUAGUCUUUGGCAGGUGGUGCUCGUGGUUGUUGACUGAACUGGUGGCUUCAUCUUUUUGCCAGUAAAUGUUUUGGUACAUACUGAGCCAUGCGCAGCUUCCUUUCACAUGGCGCUACUCUCCCGCUCGUAAGGAAUGCCUGAAGUCACAGCAAACAGGUCCAUGCAGAUGGAUGGUCAUGACCACUACCUUUUGGGAUAAAAGAUACUUUUCCUAGAGCAAAAGGUGAACCAAAAAAAAGAAGAAAAAAUAGCAAGAGGAGGCAAUGGCAGUGGACAGCACUUGAUGAACGCUAAAAUGCUUGCGUGUUAUGCACUUUAAGAAGACUGUAGACCGAAAAGGACAAUGUUAGCAACUGCCCAGAAAGUUCAAAUUUUAAGACUUGCCAAGCAACAGGCCCUGCAGUGAAGCUAUUCAGAAGAACAGGCUCCAUUGGGUUGGGUUCACUCAACAUGCAGAAAAUGUGGUGGUGUCAAUCAGAGCCAGCUGUUCUUCAGUGCUCCUUUUUAAACGGUUUUUUCUAAAUGGUGUUCAGCAUUUUAACCUCCCUAAAGAGAGCUUUCCUUGCUUUGUCACUGUGAAUUGUUGAAGACCUGAGAUCAUUACCUGAAGAAAUGUGUUCUCUUUUAUCUAUCUUUUAAACCAGGACUCUGUGCCGGUGAGCACCUCCCUGGCAUGGCACGUUUUUAUUUGGAAGGGAUCUAAUCUGAUAUGCAAGUGAAAAGCUCCCACCUCUAAGGGUCUUUCAGAUGCCCAGUCCCUGCUGAAAUGCAAGUGUUUUAUGGUUGUGACAUAUUUUGGUCACGUAUAUUGGAGAUAUAUAGUGGAUUUCUUUCCUUUUUUCUAUCUAUCCGUGAAGCAUUAUUUCCUUGUCUCCCCUUUCCUUUUUUUGCAAGCAAUAGCAAUAACUUCAGAAAUAUAUAUUUUAAAAAAAUCAUAGCUCGGGCACAGUUUUUUAGAUUAACACACUCGCUACAGGGUUAUGUCUCACAUAAUAUACAAUGGAUGCCAUGUUGAAGCACUGAGAAGUAAUACCAAGCCAAAAAAAUCUGUGGAAGCCACAGUGAUAGAAUGAUAUUUUGGGAUCCUAUUUCUCCCAUCCUGGCAAACGUUGAGCAUUUUCUCCAAAAAAGGAGCACUAACUCUGCAUCCUUGAGCUGCAUCGAAUCACUCUUCUGUAUUGAUUAGACACGGGUGAUCUAUGCAAGUCCUAUUCUUUUUCUGUCUCCUUAAAUAAUAAAAUAGAUAUCCGCUAUGAGGAAUCACCUAAAGUAGAGAUGCAAGCAUCUCUUGCUGUAAGGGCGGGCUCAAACACUCUGCUCUUGGUGGAGAAAAGGGUGUGCAAUUUGGAGAAAGACUCCCAUCAUCCCUCGCCAUAGACUCCACUGGCCAGAGCUAAUGGAGUCUUAACAACUUCUAGAUGACACCGUGUUGGCUACGCCAGUUUAUCCACGUGGUUUUUUCCCCAGUAGGCCUUGGUGAUUGGAUUUAAUUUGGCCCUAUGUGUUCUGAUCUCAUGUCCCGUGGUCAGGUUGUGAUUUGGACUGCAUGGCAUUGCAUUCAGCAGAGAACUUAUCCAUUGGGCUCCACGGACAAUGUCACAUCUCAUUGGGUAUCUCACACCUGACAUGUGAGAGUGACAAUUCCUUGGGUUGCGUCAGAAAGUGGGCAGAGGAGGUAUGGUGGACGCCGCCUCCCCAGCCUGAUCCUUCCAGGGAAGAAGACCGUUCAGAAUUACAACAGGGGUGUGAGGGAGGUCACAACUCAGAGGCAGAUGAGGGGGAAAGCUGGGAAAUAGGAGGAGGAGUAGGAAGCACCAGGAUGGCGACAGCGGACAGACACAGUGUCUUUAGAAAGCAUUCCAGACCCACCCACCCCCAGAACCUGGUGAGCAUUGAAAGUAAGAGAGCAAAGAGCUCAAAGGCAAAGGGCACUUUUCAGCACCCGUAGUGAUGACGCAUGAGGAAGUGAGAGAGACGGAAUGGAUGGAGACUCAAUGCCAUUAUUCCAAGAGGUUGCAUUCCCAAGCCCCUCUCUGCAAAUAUUGAAUAAAAAGCAGGUGGUAAGGACUUAUCCUUGUCUUAUCCGUUCCUGACAACCUGCUGUGGGGGUUGGGUCCUCUACCGCCUGACAGGUUGUGGGGUAGAGUGCAGGAACGGGCCGACUAUACAGCAACUAUAUAGCUACUUGCCUUUUUUCACCAGUGUAUCCUUUGUAUUGUCAUUCACACAAACUCUGUUUUGGGGUGUCAUCCAGUAUGCGAGAGUGAACUCUUUCUCUUCUUUCUUUUUUUUUUGGUAAUCUCAAAGCCCCGUUCCUCAAAUAAAUAUCAAACAAGGUGGAAAUGUAAAAUCCCCAUCACUGUAUUUAUGUUUAUUCAGCGCAAUGUCCUAAACUGCAUGUGGGGGGAUAUUAGCUUCUGUUGAACCUACACAAUUCUGCUGUAAGUCCAUCUGCUACAUCUGCCUAUGGCUCCAUCCUUGGUUUUAUGUCGCAUCCCGCAAAGUAACGAUGGUUUAAAUGGCAUGGCAAUGGAUGGACACAAAACAGACAACAAGAUGUAAACGAGGAAGAAAUGGAUAUGGAAGAAGAGAUGAUGUGGCAACAGGAGGAAGAGAUGGACAAUAUGCAUGUAACAGGAGUGGGAAACCUGAUUAUUGUUUUUAAGAAAUUGUAUUAAAUUCAGAUGGAUUUGCAGUAAUUUGGAAAAACCAAUAGAUAAUAAUUAAUAAAUAAAUAAUAAAGAAGACAAUGGAUGCAUACCAAACAGAGAAAUGACCUUUUAAAAUCAGUUAUCCUAUCUCCAAUAGGAUGCUUUAUACGAAGAUACGUAAUUGGACCCUGAGAUGUAAAAGAUUUCCCCCUGUUCCUGCACUUUUAUGUUGUGAAAUUCUGUAUGUGCACACGACUUAUUAAGGGUGUAAAUGGCUAUGUGAUUCGUGAAUCAGAUACACAAACACUUCUAGGUUGGGAAAUUGCCUUCCUAUAUUUCUGAACACGCUGAAAUUCUACCCUUCACUAAAAGCUUGAUAUGUGAGCUCUAAGGAAUUGUUCUUGUUAAUAUGUACAAAAAUAGCCAUGUUCGCGAGUGUAAUGCUCAGAUGGCUUGAAUGACUGUAAAUAAGGGAAUUUGUCAUUCUUAAUCCUUGUGACCAAAAUUCACCCAGAGUUAAGCAUGGUUUCAGAUGACUGAAACAUGUCUAACAGAUUGUGGUUCAUGACUUCAUCAUGUGCAUCUCAUUUAUUUUGGGGAGGGAUUAUCUUUUUUUAUCUGAACUUCAAAAAAAUAUUAAUAACGCAAGUCUAUCGUGUUCUGUUCAGUGGGUUUAAAUUAGACAAAUUCAGCAAGUGUUCUUCCUGCCCCUAAAAACAAAAAAAUUCCCAACCCAAUAAAUCUCCCCCCCCCCAAGUCUUGAGUUGGCUGAAGGGUGUUUCCUUGCAAUUAGGCAGACCUGUGAAAGCCUUGAUGUCAGAAGCAUCUGUCCUUCGGGAACCAGCCCACUUGAGCUUAAUAGGAUCAGUAUCUGUUUGGGGUCAAGAAUUUCAAACUUUGGGAAUAUGGAUCGCCACAUAGACCGGUCCGGUGUGGCAACCCAGCGCACAGUAAAAGGGUUGAUAUGGCACUGCAAAUGGGCAUAAGUUGGCCAUCCAAUUGGGCUAGUACUAGUCAAUUGCUUCAACCCUAAUCAUAUGCUGGCCGGAAUUCCAUAAGGCACAAAGCCUGGAGGAAAUGCAAACAUUUUAGAAGACUUUCUGUGCCAGCUAAUUAUCUGGCUUUCCCAUCACACUUGUUUAACCAUUCAAAAAAAGACUACAGUGGUACCUCGGUUUAGGUACACAAUUGGUUUUGGAAGUCUGUACUUAACCUGAAGCGUACUUAACCUGAAGCUAACUUUCCCAUUGAAAGUAAUGGAAAGUGGAUUAAUCUGUUCCAGACGGGUCCGCGGAGUACUUAAACUGAAAGUACUCAAACCGAAGCAUACUUAAACCAAGGUAUGACUGUACACUGUGUUGGGGUUUGAGUGUGAUUUGGGGGAGAUUCUUUCUUUUGAAGAUUGGGUGGGUAACUAUUUCUCGCUGUUCCAAAUGCCAAUUAGCUGAUGGAAGCCUGGUUGAACUGAAGUGAAUAUUUGCAAGUACGUAAGGUAAGAUGCUUGCCCCAUCAUUAAUUGGAGGUAAAUGGGGAUUGUUCCUUAUCAUCUAGGCACGACCCAAAGAAAAUGAAUUUGUAUUGUGGUUUCCAAUUAAACUUCAUUGUUCGUUUGCAAAGAUUAUUCUUUGCCGUAAUCGGGGGGGAAAGAAGAGUAACAGCUGUGAAAUGCAUUUCUCUCUUUUUUCAAAACUUCAGCUACUCUGUCUACAGCCCAUUUGCCAUUAAAACUGCAUUUGGAGCAGUGUCGUAAACGGUAGCAAGAUUCACACUAUUAGUAGAGAAACCUUUCUGAAUCAAUUAAGCAAUUGCCUGUGUUAAUAUCUGGCUGCAGGGGUGGGAUGCGAAAACUAAUUUGCCAUGCAUCGCUUACAAAUUUCCAAGUAAAUUAUUUUCAAAUUGACUCUGCACUUCCACCGUCCAUGACAGGUGUAAUUUAAAAGAAAAAUUCUAAUAUAUCACUGUCAUGCACACCUACCGCAAUUUAAGGCUUGGCUUGUUUGGAGCCUGAUAACAGUAGUUCUGCUUCCUGCCGAUUGAGGAUGGAAAUUAUUGUUGUUUUUUCCUGACUAAAUGUGAUGCAUUUUACAAAAGGGAAGCCAAACAGCAAGUCUGUGCAAAUGUUACCUUUAUGACUGCUCUGAAUGCAGUAAUAACAUUUGGCUUGGGUCCCCCCCCCCCUGUGUAUGUUUUUGGCAAAGAUUUCUUCUAGUCUUCAUUCUCUUCUACUAAUAACUUCCAUCCUACCUUAUUUGUGUGUUUAGUACGUCUGCCAUGGUUUGAUGCCAGAGCAGGCUAUCUGUGUUAGACUGUUUUGGGAACAACCAACAAAAGGUUCUUCAUAACCUCAGUGCAAUCCCACAUAUAAGACUCCACACCCUCUUAAAUAGAUUAAGAGGGAUUAACAGGCCCAGGAUCAUAGAAUUGUAGAGUUGGAAGGAACCAUGAGGGUCAUCUUGUCCAACCCCCUGCAAUGCAGGAACCUUUUUGCCCAACGUGGGGUUCAAACCCAUAACCUUGAGAUUAAGAGUUGUGCUCAACUGACUGAUCGUCCAUAGGCUUCACAAAUGGCAAUAUAAUGGCAAAUGCAAUUCAUUGCAAAAGUGUGUAAAGUGAUGCAUGUUGAGGUCAAAAAUAUUAAUUUCAUGUACACCCUCGUGGGGUCUGGCUUGGAGAUGAUGGACCACGAGUGAGACCUUUGAGUCAGAGUAGUUAACUCGAUGAAAAUGUGUGGCAGCUGUAGAAAAACUUCCACACUAGAAAUCAUUAGGAAAGUAAAAUGGCCAAUGUCUUACUGCCCUUACCAAAUCUACGGUGGGACCGCAUUUGAAGUACUGUGUACCAUUCUGGCUGCCUCACCUCUGAAAGGAUGUUGUGGAGUCGGAAAAGGCUCAGAAAACAGUCACCAAAAUGAUCAAGGGAGUGGAACGACUCCCUUAUGAAGAACAGUUGCAGCAUUUGGUACUUUUUAGUUAAGAGAAAAUGAGAAUAAGAGGAGACAUGAUAACAGUUUAUGAAAUCAUGCGUGUCAUAGAGAAAGGGAAUAGAAAAACGUUUCUUUCUCAACACCAGAACUCGUGGACAUCCAAGGAAGCUGAACAUUGGAAGAUUUAGGGUGGAUAAAAGAAAUAUGGGAUGGAGGGAUGAGUUAUUUCCCAAAUGUUGCAUUUUUUAUCUUCUUUUUCUGCGGUGCCAUAAAUUCUUCUCUAAGGCUGGAAUGGAUGAGCAUGUAUUGAUCAAGGAAAUGUGUUUUUAUUUAGAAGAAAAGCAGCCUGAUCAUGCAAAUGUAGAUGACACCUUUAUCAGCAAGGCAGAAAGGGGCAACCAAAUAAUCAAUAGGCUGAGCCAAGUCCCUUGUGAAGAAAAGUCAUAGCGUUUGGGACUUUCAGUUUACGAAAAAAGGCAAGUAAGGAAGAGAACACGUUAUAGGUGCACAAAAUGUGCGGUUCAAGGAAAGUGGGUAAAGAAGUUAUUCUUCCUCUCCUACCAGCAGAGCCCAGGGCCAUUCCGUGAAAUUGAGUGGUGGGAGAUUCUGAACACAGAAAAGGAAGCGUUUAUUUUCAUGGUGUUUGGUAACUUACAGAAGCUGCUGCCACAAGGUGUCACGAUGGCCACCAACUUGAAGGGCUUCAAGAGAGUAUUUGACACAUUCACGGAAGAGGAGAAGGUUGUCAAUGGUUGUUAGCAAAGAUGCUCGUUUGGACUCUCCAUGUGUGCCACUGAACACCAUUAGUUCAUGGGGUGCAACAAUGAGAAGGGCCUUUUGUCUUCAUAUGUGAAUUAUGGGCUUCCUGGAAACAUCAUGGUUAGAUAGCUGGCUACUGUUAGAAGAAGGAUGAAGGCUCUAGAGGGGUAUUUAGUCUAAUCCAGAAGGGCUCUUGUUGGGCUGGUGUUUUGUGAUGAGCUGAGACUCUGAAUGCUAGUGGUGUCUAAAAUGGUGUGGAGAAGGUGAAUAAGAAUGUGCUCUCUCCUAACCCUAGAAGACCCUGGAAUCAUCCAAUAAAGAGGAAAAGUGUAGCUCAGUGAUAAGAGCAUCUCCUUUGCAUACAGAAGGUCCCAGGUAGUACUUCUAGUAGUUCCUCUGCUUGAAACACUGGAGAGCUGCUAUCAAUUGGUGUAUAGACAGUACUGAGCUUGAUGAAUCAAUGGUCCAACUGAACAUAAAGCAGCUUCCUUUGUAAUGAAUGAACCUGUGAAUUUGGCUUACAAAGCCUGUGUCCUGGUGUCCUUUUGUAAUGUCCUUCAAAUUCUUCCAUGAAUCUAUUUAGUCCUUUUUUUUCCAAAAAAAAAAAAAAGUUGCAUCUUGGAAAUUAUUCCAAUUUCUUUCCUUAACAUUUUUUAAUUUGCAUACUCAGUUAUUCUAAAUUGCAACCCACAUAAAAAGGACUGCAUUAUUUAGCUUAAAUGUAAUGCAAUAAAAUAAAAUAAGGAGCGCUUCUUUCUUUCUUUUUAGAGCCAUCUGCAACCAGUCUCUAAAGUCCGUAAGUCAAUUUGUAUCUAAGCUCCUGUGAGGCUGUGCUCUUCUUGAACCCAAUAGAUAUAGCAUCUGGAUAGAGCAUUUCAUUUAAAGGCUUGGAAAUGUACAAAGACUUUCUCGUUUCUGUACAGAAAAAAAUAGGGCCGAGUGCAAACACUUACUAGCAGACAAGUGCUAAAAUAAGACAUGAAAGACUACUGGCAUUUUGAAAGGAAAUAUUUGUCUUAAUGCAAGUUUUUUUAAAAAAAAUCUUCCAACUUUAUUUUCUCUAAGCUGCAUGUUAAUUAUUAUGAAACAAUGGCCAUGGCUGGCUCAUGCUGGAGCCAACCCAAUAAAGUCUGUUUAAUCCUUUUGCAAGCUUGCAGAAGUAAUUACAGUCCCCUGUCCCUCUGCAGAAACGGCAACUUCUGCGAGGUUCAUCUUGCCACACAGGAGGCCGGGUGACCUUUCUGCUUGCAAGCCCCCAGCGCAGAGAGCAACAAUCUUCUUUGCUAGCCAACAGCAACCUUGGCGGCUUUAAUCGACUGUUCAUAACAGAAUGUGAACUUUUGUCACCUGCCUCCGUCCACCUGGAGGAAGAGGGAAAGAAGGAGCAGCGAAAUCUCUGUGGCUCUGAACAUAAUAAGCCGAGGCUUUAGUGAGGAAGCAAAUGAUUUUGAAAUCCUCAUGUGAGAAUUAGGGGCUGCAUGCUUCAAAGUAUCGGUGUGUGCCAUUUCUUUUUAUCAACACCUAGAGAACCAUCAUUAUAUGGCACUUUAUAGCAUAACUGAAGGGAGAGAGGGGAAUAAAUUGUUUCAAAUUACUGUUGAUGUCGUAUUUUAAUACAAUAUUGAUACCCCAAAUCUUCCUGACACAGUGCAUGUGGAAGCUGUUGAGGCAUCACUCCUGACAAUUGUAAAUGGUCCAUGGCUCACUUCCAUAAAGCAAAAUUAAAAAAUUCCUUCAGUAGCACCUUAAAGACCAACUAAGUUUUUAUUUUGGUAUGAGCUUUCGUGUGCAUGCACACUUCUUCAUAAAGCAGCGUGCUCAACACUC